AGAGACAGCUCUGCGCUCUGGGGAGGGACCAACAUAAGCUGGGAGCCGCCUUGGACACAGGGCCUCAAAGAUGAGGCCCGCACUUGCCUUGUGCCUCCUCUGCCAGGUAUUCUGGCCCAGACCGGGCGGUGGCGAGCAUCCCAAGGCCGAUCGAGCAGGCUGCUCGGCGUCGGGGGCUUGCUACAGCUUGCACCACGCGACCAUCAAGCGGCUGGCAGCCCAGGAGGCCUGCAACCUGCGCGGCGGGACGCUCAGCACGGUGCACGGGGGCGCGGAGUUGCGGGCGGUGCUGGCGCUCCUGCGGGCGGGUCCCGGGCCCGGAGGCGGCUCCAAAGACCUUCUGUUUUGGGUGGCUCUGGAGCGCGGGCGAUCCCACUGUACGCUAGAGAACGAGCCAUUGCGAGGCUUCUCCUGGCUGUCCCCCGACGCCGGCGAGUCUGACAGUGCCACGCUGCCGUGGGUGGAAGAGCCACAGCGCUCCUGUACGGUGAGGAGUUGUGCGGGACUCCAGGCCACCCGCGGGAUCGAGCCUGCAGGUUGGAAAGAGAUGCGAUGCCAUAUGCGCGCCAAUGGCUACCUGUGCAAGUACCAGUAUGAGAACUUGUGUCCCCCGCCCCGUCCUGGGGCCGCCUCAAAUUUGAAUUUCCGCGCUCCGUUCCGGCUCAGCAGCUCCGCGAUGGACUUCAGUCCUCCGGGGACCGAGGUGAGUGCCACGUGCGGCGGGGAGCCGCCCAUCACGGCCACCUGCGUGGCGGAAGAGGCUGGCGCGCGCUGGGACGGGCUGUCCCCCGACGCAGUGCUCUGCCCCUGUCCCGGGCCGUACCUCCGCGGGGGCCAAUGCGCACGGCUUUCCGACUGCCUGGACGACUCCGGAGGCUUUGUCUGCGAAUGUGCUGAGGGCUUCGAACUGGGGAAGGAUGGACGUUCUUGUGUGACCAAAGGGGAAGGGCAGCCAGCCCCUGGGGGGUCCCACGUACCCAGCAGGAGCGUGCCAGUCACUGAGGCCAGUCUGGGGCCAGAGAGAACAUGGUCACCCCGAGUCCGCGAGGAGUCCAGUGUCACUGGACGAGGCAUUUCUGCGACAUCUAUUCCUGACAUUCUUCCGUGGGGACCACACAGCACCAUAACUACCCUGCAACUGUCCCCGCAAACCACCCUAGCGGGAAGUGUGGACCCUGGGCUUCAUUCUACCGUUUCCAUUCCAAAGGGCUUUGACUACUCCUCCACUGUGGUCUUCAUACUCGUAAGCAUAGCUGUGGUGGUAUUGGUGAUCUUGACCAUGACAGUGCUAGGUCUUUUCAAACUCUGCUUUCACAAGAGCCCUUCCUCGCAGCCAAGGAAGGGAACUUUGGGUUCACCUGGCGAGGAGAGUGAUUCAGAGGCCACUGCCUUACGCUCCAAUUCUGCACAUUGCCUGGACAAUGGAGUGAAGGCCAGGGAUUGCAGUGUGUGGGCUCAAGCACAAGAUGCCUCCCCGUCCAGGCACUCUCUUGGCUCCGGGAACACUUAGGGACAACAGAGGACGUGGACUGUUCUUGCAGACUUUUCAGAGUUUACUUGUGGAAUUACAAUUCCUACAGUCAUUCCCAGUCCAAUCAUUUUCCUCCGGUCCACCUAGGAGCCAUGCUAUUGCAUUUGAAUAGCUUGCUCAGUCCUAGGAACUGGAAGAGGUUAAGUGCCUGAGGGUGGGUCUGGAGGGCAGGGUCAUUAGGGAGGAGAUAUUUGGUGAUGUUUCUGAGGAAUUUGGAGAAGCAGCAAAUAGAAAACAAUAUAAUGUUUGGAAAGUUAAUUUUUUUCCCCCAAAAUAGAAAAGUGUUCAGACUGGGAAUAUAUUUGCUUGAAAACUUCCAGACCAAAAAAAUAAAAAUAAAUAAACAAAGGAUUUUUGGCAACCCAGAUUCAAAUAUAUUUGGCUUUGGUAAGAAAUAAUUAUUUAAGAAAAGAGCAUGAUGGACAUCACUACUAGGGGACAUGGUACUUUUAAAUUGAAAGGAAAAUCCUUAAGCCCUUGUAAGAAGGAAAAGAUCUUUCAGAACUAGUAACUUUUCCUUUUGUUCUUUGUCCUUUGCUUUCAAAGUCACUGCUACUUGUGUGCUUUGCUAUAAAUCCAACAUGUAGUGUUGCCAGACACUGGCUUUGGAAGCAAAUUACAGUUGACCACCAAUUCAACUGUUUAUUGUGUGUCCUUGCCCAAGGAAACAAAUGAUUUGUGUUUCUUUCUUUCCAAUGUGUUCGACAGUGUAAUGACCUCUCCAACCAAAUCACCACCUCUUCAACAUCAGGAUGCUGAUCCUCACUUUUAAUUAUGCUGAUGUUAAUUCUCAAUUAAAACGUUAAUGCUAAUUAUUGAUUUGAAAUCUUCUGGGUGCAUUUGAGUAUAAGUAAGCUGGGUUUUCUCCAAAGUUGCUAAAUUCUUAUGCAUUUUUAAUCUAGAAGCAAAAGUGGAGUGCCAAACUCUUCCACUUCUCUUUUUAAUAAAUGUGAUAAUGCAUGUUCAUCUUGGAAUGAUUACAAAAUAUGGUCACUUCUUUGCAUAGAAGUGAGAGAAUAAGAAAGAAAUGAUAAAAGCCUAUCAUGUUGUUGUGACUUGGGGUGUUAGAAAGUAAUGAAAAUGAAGCCUUCUGCUGAAAAAUAACUAAAGACAUAAUUAAAAUCACUAGUGGAAUCCAGGUCCCUAGGAAACUGCUCAUUUUUAUUCAUAUGCUGACUUCAAAAAUGUUGUAGAGGUUGACACCUCUGUUGUGGAGAGACAGAGAAACAAGUCUCCUUGUGGGAGAAACAGGAAAAAGUCAUAUUUUCCUAGAAUUAUUUUUACUUUCUUGAGUAUACUAUGCUCAUACUUAAAUAUUUAGGUUUAAAAUGAGUGAAUGUCCAGUGAUAAAAUAAUCUACUAGAAAAUUAAGACAGUUCAAUCCAUAAAUCUAUGUUCUAAAUUUAUGUAGCUGAUAUAGUAAUAUCAGAGGAAUGAAAUAAUGGAUUAUUUGCCUCAUCUAAUAAAUAUAUUUAUAAAUAAUAACAUUUAAAUAUAGUCACAGAUGAUUGGAAUUAACAAUAUAUGAUAGAAAUUUAAGUACCAUAGUUUCACAAGUGAAAACUGACCAAUAUUAUAAAUGCCUUACUCACAUCCUCCAGCUCAUCAGAAUUCACCUGCCUUGGCUGUCAUGGCUUUCCUCUUCAUUAUAUGAUCUGUCAGUAGAGAAGGUUAACUACUUGAGUGGAGUAGACAUAAUGCUGUCUUUACUAACUUCAAAAUAGUCUCAUCUAUAACUGAACUGAAUAUGUAUACAUAUAAAUGUAUGUAUAUGUGGAAAUGCAUACCCAUACAUAUCCUUUUUUUAAAAGGAUGCUCUUGGAUGAUUGCUUCAAUAAAAUAGACCAUGUGUAAUUAACUCAUUAUGCAACAGAUGACAUUAUGGAUCUUUGGCUCUAAUUGCCCUGGUGAAGAAGAAAUAGGUGUCGCCUCAAUUGUCCCCUUAUUUCCUCUUAUAAGUGAAUCAGGAAAGAAUUAUAUCAGGGACUAUUGUCUCCUCUUAUUUCCUCUUAUAAGUAGAUCAGGAAAAAAUUAUAGGAAGAUGUUUGUUUUUAUCUUUGAUUCCCUGGCAGAUAAUAACUUCAGAGAGUCACUGCUUUGCACAGAAUUUCCUUUGCUUUGUGUCUAUUUGAUUUCUUCCCUAAAAUAUUGAUUGCACAGCAGAGUCAAAACUGUUGGACAUGAGCUCUUAAGAGUCUUUCAGAAGUUAGGGUCAAUGUCCUUCCUCCCUAAUAUUUACUUAAAAGCUUCUGGAGCCAUGUUCAUCUUCUAGUUUCCUGUUCACUUAUUCCUUAUAAUGAAGACUGAGAAUCAACUCUGCAGUCCUUCAUUCCAUCCUAAACACUGUCAUUUCCUCAGAAAAACCAUCUUGCCUGACUCCUUAAUGUAUGCGCUUUUUGGUUCUCUGACUUCCUUGUUUCCGGUGACUUCCAUUUCAUUUCAGCUGUGCACUCCAUGGCCAUAUUCUUUGAAAACUCCAAGUCUGUUCUGCCUCUUGCAAUGACCGCAAGGUCAGUGCUUUUCACAGCUACUUUGAAAGGUGACUUUUUCUAAGGGUUCCUUAGUGCUAGAGAGGUGAGAUGGAAAUAAGACAAAUUAAGAUGUGACAAAACUCACUUUUCUUAUCCAGACUGACCUAUUUUUCUCGAGCAGACACUUCUUGAACUAUUCGUAGCCUUUCAUUAAUUCCAAGAGUCCUGAAAAUUUUGAGUUUGACAUUUUUCCCCCAUCAGGUUCCUCAUUAAGUAGAGCGGAUUUUCAGAAAACUCAUUCUACCGUGAGAAAAUGCCAUCAGUGUGUUUCUUUUACAUAUCUUAUCUCUUUAGACUUCUUCAUUCUGGAAAAAUUCCCCAGUCUCUCCUUGACUUCUAAGAUAUUAAUAGUUGGAGAGAUAAUAUGCUUGUUAUUUUUGUGUGAUGCUCUUAAAUUAACGUUUGUUUCCUCAUUCAAGCUACAUGUACUUGUCUGGAAUAUUGAGAAAGGGUGCUUUGUUACCUUAUCUCCCUAGAAGUUGGCAGAUGAUUUAAAGAUUUUCUUGUUUUUUUUUUUUCCCCUUUGAGGAUUUUUCUACUAGACAUUCUUCUUUUGUGAUUAAUAAGCACUUAGUAGGCAGAUAAUUUGAGACUAUGUGAAUAUCCUGUUUCUUUUAAUAUUUUCACUUACUUAUAUCAGUGUAUAGUCAUGUCUUUUCAUUUUAUUCAAUAGGAAGCUAGUGUUAUUGUUUAUUUUGAUAUUCAAUCAUCUCAAGUUUGUGUAGUAUGGCCCCCUUUCAGCUUGUCUCUUGUGGUCUAACAGGUCCUCAACAUUCCUUGGAAAGUUUAGUGCAGGUUUGUAAUCUUCUCUGUUUAUGUUUAAGAAACUCUAGUCAUUUUUAGAGGAAAAUGAUCAUCAGAAAACAUGAUUUGUGUAUAGGUUCUUGUCCCUAGAUUUCUCCUUAAUAGAGUUAGGGUAUGUAGGGGUGUGUGUGUGUGUGUGUGUGCGCGCGCUUAUGUGUGUAAAUAUACAUACAAAUUGGCUUAAAAUGCAUAAAUAUAUUUGAAACUAUAAUUUCCAAUAUAAUUUUUUUAUCUAUACUGUAUUUACAUUUAAAACUAUGAUGUACAUUAGUAUUAUCUCAUUUGAAUUCAGUGUUUUUUGGUUUUGGGGUUUGUUUGGUUUCUUUGGUUUUGUUUGUUUGCUAAUCCCGGGGCUUGAAGUGAGGGCCUGGUCUAAUUCUAAUUCAAUACACAGGGUUCAGUCUCCUUAUUAUGAUUAAUAUCAUAAUCUCUGGUCCCAUACAGCAUCUGGGGUCACUAGCACUGGUUGUAUAAAACCUCUUCUCAUUGAACUUGGCCUCUACAAAGCCAAGUACUCAGAUUCCAAAUCUCUGUGCAUGAACAGAAUGGCUCAUCCUUCUACUGCUAUGGACUCUGACCUUGCUUGGCCCUACCUACUCAUUGGUCUUUUGUUUGUGUCUGAAAUGUUUAGAAAAGGAAAGGAAGAGGAAGAAACAUAGAAUUCCUAUGGCAAUGUAGCCUUGCUCCAUCUAUCAUAUUCAUGUACUUUCCCUUUUCAAAGCUAUUUAGACCAAACUUUUCCUUUCUCUUUAUUUGGUAACCCCAAAUUCGUCCUUCAGGCAAAAAUAGGACAUCAUUUUACUGGAAAGAAGUUUCCAAAAAUCCACCUGCAGGAUAGGAUCUAGUGUUAUACAACUGCAUUACAUUACCUCCCAUGUAAGUUUGGUUGUUGCUCAAUAGAUAUUCUAACCACCCUGUUUAUACCACCUUGUUUAUAUGAAAUAGCCUAUACUUCAGAACUCUUGUGGUUAUUUAGAAAGAUUGAAUGCAUGUAAAUAUACCACCUUCAAAUGUAAAAUAAAAAAAAUAGAAUAGUAAAAUGAAAAGUAAAAGUAAGAAAUAGAUAAAUUAAAAUUAAAAUUAAAAAUUAAAAAUACAACAGCCUAUAUACUAUAGGCCAACAAUUCAGAGUUUAUCAUAUUAAAAAAGUUCCUAAAUAUAAGUUCCUUUCAGUAUCUACCUUCUAUCAAAAAAAUCUUAUUAAUAUUAAGUUAAAAUAAAACUAUGUUCUUGGACAAUAUUUUCCACAAUAUAGCUAGUUAGAUGAAAUAUCUCCACUUAAAUGUUAAUUCUCUUAGUAAUCUAGAGAUAUAUUUAGCAAUAAUUCACAUCAGAGGACAUUAUGUGAAGUCAUACUAUUGAGUGUUAAAUACUUCACAGGAACAUUACUUGUCUCUCUCCUUAGUCAAACUGAACAUUGACUAAUUCAUAGCUAGAUGCUAAUUAACCCAAGAAAAUAAUCAUUAGGGCUUUUUUCUUAGAUCAUGGUAUCUUUUUUAUAAAAUAUGAAGUAUGCAAAAAUAUAUGGUAUAUAUAAUCAUUUUUAUUUGUAUGUGUAAUAUAUUGAUAUCUUAUUAGCAUUAGAAAAUGUAGGCUAAAGAAAAAAUAAUUCUAUUAAAAUAUCUUGUUUCACCAGAGAUGUAGCUCAGUGGUAAAAUAUUUUUAUUUCCUUAUAAUGAAUCAACUUUUUGUUCCCACCUAAUAUUGAUUAAUUCAAUGUGAAUAAAUAUCCUAUGUGAUAAUA